AUGUGCGUGUUGGCAGGGCCGAUCGCGCGGCCGGUGGGGCGCGCGGGGGCGGCGGCCGGCGUGGCGGUGGCGGCGGUGGCGCUCAACACCGUGGGCGACAUCCGGGGCCGCUCGGGGCCCUUCGAGGCGGCGCUCAACCUCGGGGACGCGGCCGCCAACGCCACGCGCGACGACUGCGUGUGGCGCCGCGGCAUGGACCGCGACCGCUGCCCCGACCCGCUGGUGCACUACACUCUGCACACCGGGGAUCCGGACGCGCCGCGGGUGGAGGUGGUGGACAUGACGCAGCGCGACUGGCUGCGGCGCAGCAGCUGGGAGCCCUCCUUCGACAACGUGCUCUUCAUCCACGGCUACGGCGGCGGCGAGGACGACAUCACCGGAUCCGUCCUCAGGGGAGCCUACCUGCGCAACGGCCGGUACAACGUGUUCAUGGUGAACUGGGGCGCGCUGGCGCGGCUGCCCUGCUACCCGGCGGCGGUGCACAACAUGCGCACUGUGGCGCGCUGCACGGGCCGCAUGCUGAGCUUCCUGCGCGACUCGGGCCUGCCCGUGGAGCGCACCACGUGCGUGGGCCACAGCCUGGGCGCGCACGUGUGCGGCCUCAUCGCGCACUACCUCACCUUCCGCAUGCAGCGCAUC